CGGCCGGCACGGUGGCGCGGCCCGGAGCCGCGGUCAGAGCGGCGGCGGCCAUGGCCGUGUGUGCCCGGUUGUGCGGCGUGGGGCCCGCCCGCGGCUGCCGCCGGCGCGGCGCCGCCAGGGAGCAACGCCGCGGCGCCGCCGACAGCGAGCCCGACACCGAUACGGACCCCGAGGAAGCGGGAGGUGGGGGCGUCACGGAGGACGAUGAAGCCGCAGAACGCAUUGAGGGCGGGCGGCCCCUGCCGCCUUCUGUCGAGGCCGGCCCGGCCGGGCGGGCCCCGCUGUCCUUGUUGGAGCUGCCCCCGGAGCUCCUGGUGCAAAUCUUCGGCUCCCUGCCCGGUACCGACCUACCCAGCCUGGCCCGAGUCUGCACCACCUUCCGCCGCAUCCUCAGCACCGACACGAUCUGGCGGCGGCGCUGCCGCGAAGAAUAUGGAGUGUGUGAGAACCUGAGGAAGCUGGAGAUCACAGGAGUGUCCUGUCGAGAUGUUUACGCCAAACGUAUAAACCCCCGGGUGAAGUCGGGGCGGUUCAUGAGAAUCCUGCCCGACUACGAGCACAUGGAGUACAGAGAUGUUUACACCUGCCUGCUGCACCGCUACCGGCACAUCCUGGGACUGUGGCAGCCGGACAUCGGGCCCUACGGGGGACUGCUCAACGUGGUGGUGGAUGGUUUGUUCAUCAUUGGCUGGAUGUACCUGCCCCCUCAUGACCCUCAUGUGGAUGAUCCCAUGAGAUUCAAGCCCCUCUUCAGGAUCCACCUCAUGGAGAGGAAAUGUGCCACGGUGGAGUGCAUGUAUGGCCACAAGGGACCUCAUAAUGGCCACAUCCAGAUUGUAAAGAAGGACGAGUUCUCCACCAAGUGCAACCAGACAGAUCACCACCGGAUGUCAGGGGGCAGGCAGGAGGAAUUCCGGACGUGGCUGAGGGAGGAGUGGGGUCGGACUCUGGAAGACAUUUUCCAUGAACACAUGCAGGAGCUCAUCCUGAUGAAGUUCAUCUACACCAGCCAAUAUGACAACUGCCUGACGUACCGGCGCAUCUACCUCCCCCCCAGCAGCCCCGAGGACCUCAUCCAGCCUGGCCUCUUCAAAGGCACCUAUGGGAGCCACGGGCUGGAGAUUGUCAUGCUGAGCUUCCAUGGGAAGAAAGCCAAGGGCACCAAGAUCACUGGAGAUCCCAACAUCCCAGCUGGACAGCAGACUGUGGAGAUAGACCUGGCACAUCCCCUGCAGCUGCCUGACAUCGAGACCCUGCGUGACUUCAGCGAGCUCUCCCGAAUCGUGCUGGAGGUGCAGGAGCAGGUCCGGCGGGAGGAGCAGGAGCGGGAGCAGAGGCAGGAGGAGGAGGAGCAUUCCCAGCAGGCUGCCUCCCAGCCUGCCAGCCCCCUGGGAGGAGAAGGUGCUGAGGGGGAAGAGACUGCAGCUGGGGCAGAGGGGAGGACCCAGGACAAGGCCCCAGCUUCCCAGCCCUUCGUGCUGCCCAUGGGAGUGAUAUCGAGGAAUGAGGAUUACCCCCGGACCUGCCGAGUCUGUUUUUACGGGACAGGCCUCAUUGCUGGCCACGGCUUCACCAGCCCCGAGAGGACACCAGGGGUGUUUGUCCUGUUCGACGACGACCGCUUCGGCUUCAUCUGGCUGGAGCUGAAAUCCUUCAGCCUCUACAGCCGCAUCAAGGUCUCCUUCCAGAAUGCCCAGGCACCCUCCAGGGAGGCCUUUGAUGAGAUGCUCAAGAACAUUCAGUCCCUGGCUACUUGAUGGGUGUUUGUGGUGAAGGACAGGGCUCGGGGUGGCCAAGGCUGCUGUGCUGCCCAGCCGGGCUGGCCGGGGAUCCUCGCUCUCGGUACCUCUGGAUAGAAGCAUGCACUUUGAAUAAAGCCUUUUUACCCCAAAUGUACACACAUCCCACUUCAGCCAUCCCUGACUGCCCUUUCCUCUGUGCCACUCCACGCUGCUUCCCAGCAGUCCUUGUUUCCCAGGCUGUGCUUUGGAGAGUGGAAGGAUCCUGCAGAGGAGGGAACAGACCUUCCUUAGUGCAAAAAAGGAAUGUAUUGGGAAAAAACCGACUUCUGGUCAGAGCUGGACAGAGGAACAGGCAGUGACAAAGCACAUCCUCCUCUGCAGAACCUUUUUGUGGAUGCAGCACUGCCAGGAGAGGCUGGUGUGAUACUUGCAUCCUUGCUAAUUGCAGUGUGUGGUUUCCUCUGGAGAAUUCCCUCAGCCAGGGCAGGAUCCCCCCUGCAGAUGAGUGUGUGCAGCAUUGGCCUGGCUUCUGGAGCUUGAUGGAAGUUCUGUCCCUGGAGCUCCAAGCCUGUCCUUCUGAGACAAGGGAUGAUUUUUUUCUCCUUGCAGGAGCUGGUUGUGGAGCUGGAGAUGGGUGUAAACUGCAGAAGCUCUGAUGUGUUCAGACUGGUUUGUACCUGAAAGGUUUUCUCUUGUAGAGUGGGUCUGAAAGGGCACAGGAAGGAGCCAAAAGAAGCCCAGCUGUGAGAUGAGCCCAGUAGGCUCCAGCUGGGCAGCCCAAGGUGCCACUGGUCCUGUGUGAUCCCAGGGCUGCCAUUCCUGCUCAGAUUUGCCCUUCAGAGUGCAGGGUGACAAGGGGUUGUCCUUGUACUCUGUGGCUCCUGCAGUGGUGGGUGCUGCUGCCCCUCUCACAGAACCCUUCUUUCCCUUUCUAGUUGCACUUGUUUGAUCCCAGAUGGUUUUGUGGCAGAUCUGAGCUCCAGUGGGAACUGUGUGCUGCAGGCAGGGGAGCAGAUUCCCUGUAGCUGUGCAGGAAAAUCCUGGCCAGUGCUCAUCUCCAGGCUGUGAUUUGUGCUGGAAACCAUCAGCACUAACUCAGCCCUUUGUUGGAGCUGCCCUCUGGCUGUGAUGACAAACUCCAGGUCCCUUCUCUCCUCCCCAGAUCAGUCUCUAACAAACCCCUGCUGUUACAGCUCUGCAGUUUUAGGUCUGCAAAUGGGUCUGGACCUGUGCUGGGAGGUUUCAGGCCCCUUCUGUGGAGAAAUUUCUGUCCCUGCCUGGUUCCAGUGCCUGUGAGCAGCUUUUAUUCUCACUCUCACAAUGGCUUUUUGCCAUUUCUGGCUCUCACGUGUUCCCUCAGCUGUGUGAGAGGCCAGGCUCCAGCAGCAGCUCAUGUCACUCACAGCAUUAAUUCCUGUCUGCCUGGAUAGAGCUCUCCAAACCUCUGGGAAUUUCAAGGUGAUGUAGGGCACUUUUUGCUUUGUUUCCUGCAGCUUUGUGAGGAGUGGCAAGCCUUGCCUCAGUGUGGGAGAGAGGGAGGGGCUGCUCUCUGUGCCUUGAGUGGGCAGAGAGGGCACCUGGAGCUGAAAUGGGGCAUCUGAGCCUUGUGCUGCAGCUGCUGAGCUCUGUGCAGAGCUCCUGCCUGGGCUGCAGGCAGAGGUUUCCAGCUUGGUGCAGGUUUCUGGGACAGCUGGGGGUGUUCAGUGCUGGGUUAAUGGUUGGGCUCCAUCUCAGAGAUCUUUUCCAGCCUAAAUGAUUUUAUGAUUAGGACUUUCUUUGGGAUCUCAGUGGUCUCUUUACCUUGGAAUGUGCUGUUAGGCUGCUGCAGUUCUGCCUUGUGUUCUCCCUGACAGCCCAAAGGGAUGGGAGAUGUCCCCUUGGGCAGCUGUUCCCAUUGUCUGUCCCUAAAACCAGCUGCUCUUCAGCUGCAUCUGUAGCUCUGAUUGCAGAUUCUUCCCCACUUCAAUAUCCCCACCAAAAAAAAAAAAAUCCUGAAGUUUUACUCAACUGACUUGAUAAUUUUUGCUUUUAAAUUGCAAUUGAGAUUUUUAAAAUGGAGAUUAAAAUCCAGAUUGCAUUGAUUGCCCUGCAGGUACCUGAGGCUUGAGUCUCUCUCCCAGGUACUGACCUGUCUGUAGCCUCUGUCCUUUGUCACCUGGGCAAGGUGUCACCUGUUUGUUGUUGGCACAGGUUGUGCAUCUGCUCUCCUGAACCUUUCCAUGGCAGUGCCAAGGGUCUCCUGAUGGCCAAACCUGCUUGGCUGGCUGGAGAGAAGGGCUUUGGUGGAGGCUGAUGCUCUGUGAGAAUUUUCCCAGCUCUGCCUUGCCCCUGUAGUGGCAUCUUUUUAUUUAUAACUCACCUGGCUGGCCUCAAAAUGUCAGGAUAAUUCCUGAUUAAAGGGAAAACUGCUUGUCCCCCUGGCUUCAUUCUGUCUGGAGCAAAGGAAAUAGCAAAUUUUGUAUUAAUAUUCCUCUGAUGCCUUUUCUCACCUUCUGCUGCUCCAAGGCUGGCAGGCUUUUGUGGCAUUUCAGAAGAAUUCCCUCUGGUUUGGCUGAGGGUGAGGAAAGCUGAGGAAAGCAUCCAGUGCAGAUGGAUUUGGGAACGCUGGGAUGCUCCUGUGCGUGUUCCUUUGUGCAUGGCUCUGUCACUGCUUCCAGAGCGAGGCAGGAUAACAUGGAGUUAAAACUCCCAGCUCUGGAACCUUUGGGAAAGGGGAGACAGAUUAGGAGGAGGCAGUUUGGAGCUCCCCCAUGGUGGGGGGGAUGCUCCUGCUUUCCCAGUGCUGCCAGGCCGGGGCUUUGCUGUGCUGGGUACAGGCUGUACCAGCCCUGCACAGCUCUGCAGUCCCCUCUGCUUCCCCAGAUCCCAGUUUUGCAGCCCCUGGGAUCUUGGUGAGAGCUGUUGACAGGAAUAAUGUGUGCUGGGCCCUGCAGAUGGUGAGAAAUCUCUGCUGCCGACGUCUCCCCGUCCUUGUGGCUCUGCAGGAAAUCUUGGGGACAAUUGGCUGGGUUUCUUCAGCCCAGAUGGGUGGAAAGUGCUGGUGAGGAUUUAAAAACAACUUGUCAGGGGUAGGAAUACUCUUGGCAGGAGCCUUUUGGAUUAAGCAAAGCCUUGGCAGGGAGGUUGCAGAGCCCCAGUGGCCUCUGCAAGACCUGGGGCUGAGUUCUGGCUUGGGGACAGCUUGGGGACAAGUGUCUGGUUCGUGUGCUGGGGAUGGGUUCUGCUCCUCCAUCCUGCUGCCUGUGUUGUCAGAACACAUGGAUUGGCCAGCUGGGAAACAGGAAGAUCAAAGCUCCACUGUUUGCCUUGGUUGGCCUGGUUUGAGCUGUGAAGGUGCUGUGCUCGGUGUGGUGGCUGUGGGGGACUCACUGCCCUCCACGGGCUUUGUCAGGCUGGAGUUUACUGAGGAGGAGGAGGAAAAAGGAUGGAAUUGUUUGUGAGUUUGGUGUCAGCUCCAUGGUGGAGCUGCUACAGCUGCCCUGGGAUGGGACAGCAGCAGUGGGAGGGCAGCUCCUUAGGAAAUGUGUGCUGGGGAAAAAGGGAAUUCUGUGCAAACGUGCCUGAAGGUGUCAGCUCCCAGGAGAAGCCCAAACCACAGCUGGCUCCGUGUUCACUUUUCAACAAGGAUGACUUUUUCUUGCUUUUUAUUAAUUUAAACCUAGUGGAACUUGAUGGGAGUGUUGGGUGUUGUGUGGAAAUGGGUUGUUUAGGCUCAACUUGCUAGUUUAGGGAAUGAUAAUGUGUUAACUCUGUCUUGUAGCUGGCUGCUCACGUGGCCACUAAUCCUCCGUGCUGUUCAAAGGCUCCUGCUGCCCUUCCCAGUGGGACAGGGAAUUAUUUGGGAUGUGCAGUGGAAGAGAGAGGUACCAGACUGUGCGUGCCACUGACCUUUGGGUGCUGAACUGAAAUGUGUGGUUCUGGUUUUUGUUUGGAUUGCAGUCCUUGGAACUUCUGAGGCAAAGAGCACUUGGCUCGACUGUGUUCAUUAGCUUAAUUAAAGCAAUCUGCACUUUUGUUUUGUCAUUGAUUACUCCCCCUUCCCCCUUCCCAUGUGUAUUUUGCACUCACCACUUUAACAUGACACUGAUGGAUUAAUCUGGGCAUUUCCUGUAGGUUUUGAGUGUGGAUAAGUCUCUGUAAAAGUAUUAAAAAUGAAGGUGAAACUUAAAUCCCUGCUUUGUACAGAGGGCAGUGGGGGGAAACCAUUGGACAUCCACCACCACAAAUAUCCAUGUGGAAGAGGAUAAAUUGCAUUUUAACCACCUCACCUGUCCAAGGGCUGGGGUUUUGCCUGUUCUUUUCUUGGUGGCUUUGAGAGGAAUGGGAUGUAUAAAAUCAAACCUAUGUCACUGCAGGUUUUGGAAAGCUGAGCAAGCCCUGUGUGUUACUUUUACACCUGAUCAUUGUUACCCAAGGAGCCUUUUCCAAUUUCAAAUAAUAAAAAGCAAAGUUUUGUGAACUUA